AUGGGCAUCGCUGGGUACAUGGUGACGCUCGAGAUGAAGGACUACAAAGUCAUUCGCGUCAAGAAGGCCGAGUUCACAGAAGCUUGCUUCGACCUCGGCCUCGCGUACGAGCUCGAUCGCCUCAGAAAAUCCGACAGGAUGGCCCUGAUCCGCGGUGCGAGUCUUCGCGCCGCCAGGAUGGCGUCGAAGCCGGACUAUCUGGUUUUCGGGUCGGCCUUUCGGCUUCGAAUCCCUCGCCAUCCCCCUGUGCACCGGGUGAGUGUUCCACGCCCGGGUGGACCUCUUCCCGGCAGGCACUGCAGCAUCCUGCUUGUUGUGCGCCCUGGCGACCUGCUUUUGCCCGACGAGGAGGAGAUCGGGACCUUCUACCGCCACCUCGACCCCAAGACCUCCUCCAAGCGGCACGAGGAGAAGGCGGCCAAUGUUUUGAGGUGGGACAACGUCGCCGGCUAG